AUGUCGAAACGUGGUCCACAGUCGACGCUCAAUCAUUUAAACUGGAACGAAACCGAAGAACCGGAAGAGAUCGGCGAAUUCGCGAAGGCCAGUGACGAAGUGCUAAAGCAGCGAGUAAUAAAAAAAGCCCGCCGAGCCACACCAUCGACAGCAGCUGCCCCGUCCGUGUUCGGUGCAUUCAAAGGAUUCUCAUCGACACCGAUUACGAAAGGAGCCGACGAUAAGCCGGCUGGUAUCAAAACAUUUUCGUUUCUUGCUAACCUAGGUGCGGCAAAAACCAACGACAAUGGUACAGCCACGGUUUCUUCCAGCGGUAGCACGAGCGGAGAUUCGAAGCCAAUGUUUUCAUUUGGCUCCAAUGCUGGUGCAGCUGCAACUUCGGAUUCGAGCAAAAAGGUGUUCACUUUUGGAUCUCCGUCCAGUUUGAAGGCGGACAGUACUGAUGGCGCCAAAAGUCCAACGUCAAGCUUGGGCGUAUCGUCGUCCAAGGAAAGCGAUGCGGAUUCAAGCAACAAUCUUUUUAGCUUUGCCACCUCGACAGCAAAAUCAUCCGGAUCGACAUCAUUUGGCGGCUUUGGCUCGGGAGCGCCUAAACUAGAUUCAGCAGUACCGGACAAAAAAUUCACAUUCGGUUCCCCGGCCGCGGCAAAAGAUACGACGCCUGCUACUACAUUCCCGAUGGCAACGUUCGGAUCGAUUGCUGCUAAAUCGGAUACGAAGGAACCGGACACAAAUGCUUCGACGAUCGGUUCGCCAACAGCGGCUAAAGACACAACGAAAGGAAUGUUUUCCUUUGGAUCGAAUGCGGCAAAAUCUGAUGCAACGGAGCUGGGAAAAAAGACAUUCACGUUCGGUAGUCUACCAUCGCCCGCAUCUAAAGAUGCCACCACUGAAGCCCCAAAAAGUACGUUUACAUUCGGAUCGAGCGCAGUAAAAUCGGAUUCUUCUGACACGAUUCAAAAGAGCACUUCCUAUUUCGGAUCUCCAUCUACGGGCAAGGAUACGGCCAUAACGUCUCCAAAGGCCAUGUUUUCGUUUGGAUCUAAUGCACCGAAAGUGGACACUUCGGAUACGGAAAAGAAAACUUUCACCUUCGGAUCGUUUGCGGCAUCGAAGGAAAACGCAACUUCUCCGAAAGCAACGUUUUCGUUCGGAUCAUCUCAACCCAUCAAAAGCAGUGCGAGUGAUGCCGGCAGUAAAACCUUUGGAUCUCCACCUGCCAAACUUAACGCAACUGAUACCGAGAAAAAAACGUUCUCAUUCGGCGUUCCGGCAUCCUCGAAGGAAAAUGCCGGUGCGUUGGAUAAACCAGCAGUCAUAUUAGCGUCACCGAAGGUAAGCAGCGAUGAUGCGAUAAAGAAAAUGUUCAACUUUGCGCCGUCGGUUCCGGCAAAGGACGAUGCGGCGAAAAAAACGGUCUCCUUUGCGCCCCUUCCAGCGCCGAAACCGGCCACGGGUGCAGCGAAAACCUCCGGAACGGUCACCGACAAGGAUAAAUCAUUUCAACGAAGCGUCGUCACGCUGAACAAGUCGUUCGUGUCGUGGAUAACCAAAAAGGUUCAAGAAAACCCAUUCUGUAAGCUGCACGUCGUGUUUCGGGAUUAUGAAAAACUCUUCGCCAAAAUGGAGGCAGAAAAAUUAAACCCUACUAAGGCGAAUUCGUUGGAGAAAGUGUCUACGAAUAAAGGAAGCGAGCCCGCGAAGGAGCAGAACAAGCAACUAACGACGAGCGGCAAAGAGGCCAAAAAAGCAGAUGACGAAAAGCAAAGCUUUGGUUCUGUGGCGAAGGAAUCACCACCGAAGCCAGUCGCUUCGAUAGGUGCGGGAUUCACUUUCGGUGCUGCGAAACCAUUCUCCUUCGGUAAUCCCAUCGGGGGAUCUACCACAUCCCCGCAGAAUUCGAAAACGACUACUAACAACACCGGUGAUGUCUUCAGCGGAAGCUCAUCGACAGUGGCCACUUCCUCGCCUUCCUUCUUUUCCGGUGCGACUAUGUUCGGUAGCAAACCGGUCGGCACGACGACACCAUUGGGCGGGGGAUUUAUGUUCGGUAACGUGGUCAAACCUCCUGCACCGGACAGUAGUGUCGCUGGGGAUAAGCCCACCGGUGACGCUGACGCCGACGAAGACGAACCGCCGAAGGUGGAGUUUACGCCGGUGGAGGAAAAGGACAGUCUGUUCUCGAAACGCUGCAAACUGUUCGUCAAGGUAGACGGGUCGUACUCGGACCGUGGCGUAGGUACGGUACACAUCAAGCAGGUGGACAGCAAGGUGCAGGUGCUCGUGCGGGCUGACACGAACCUAGGCAACAUUCUACUCAACAUAAUCCUGAACGAAUCGGUGCCGCUUCAGCGCAUGGGCAAGAACAACGUGAUGAUGAUCUGCUUGCCAACGCCCGACUCAAAGCCGCCUCCAACGUCGGUGUUGCUGCGCGUGAAGACAGCCGAAGAGGCGGACGAGCUGCACGAAACGUUGCUUAAGUACAAACCGAAGUAGGACGCGCAGGAAGAUACGAGACGGCAGAACAGUGAACUUAUGAAAGUGGAGGAAAGUCUGGUUUAUUCAA